GCAGAACGUAUCGCGUCCGCUUUCCCUUUCUCCGGAAAAACUGCGUGGCAGCCGCCUCUCUGUCUGCAUUUGUCGCGAGCAAGGAAAAAAGACUAGAAGAUCCAGCUUUCUCUUCAGAGAGAAGGGCCGUGUGCCGGCACAGGUACCGCUGCCUCUCUCGUCUCUAGUUGGGUGUCGAUGUCGCUCGGUAGAAAGGCAAAUGUUCGCAGCGGAGUUCCUCAGUAGAUGCUGGGAUUUUCUCGAGCGUCAUUUCAUUGUUAUCUCGUGCUUUUCAUCUGAGUAAAGCCCCCGGGUUUCGCGUCGUCUCACCCAGAAAACGGCUGUCGAGCGCAUUUACGACCACCGCCUGCGGUGCUCGCGAUAAUGGAGAAGGUCCUUUUGCGUCCGUAACGCGAUUAAACGCAAGGGUAUUCCAGGGAAGACUCAUGAGAAGCUUUCGAACGUUGUCGUGCCUCCUUUCGCCUCUGGUUUCCCGGAGAGACGGCCUUCGUCAGCGGGGCUCCUCGUCAUGGUUCUGCUGAGUUCCCUUGUCGCUCUCGGGCUUCCUGCGUCUUUCUCGGAGCAUGACCCGACGGCGUAAGGCGGAAAUUUGCUCUCAGUUCCAGUUCUCUUGUGUGUUUCAUGGUCACCAUGUUAAGUCCGAUCGUUUAGUGGCAUCCAGCGUAGCUCCGUUCCCGUCUGUCCUAAGUCCAACAUGGCACCUGCUGGCCUUUCGGCAGGCUGCUCGCCCGCGGGGGCUUUUCUCACCCGCAAACUCAACGCGUUUUCCGCGCGGAAACUACUCUUUAAAACCACCUUUUUCGUCCUCUUUCACCUUACUCUCUCUGUAUGUCUCGUGUCGAUCCGUCUUCCCGAACAGUCUUGGCCUUCCCUGCUGCGCUGCACUGCUGCCGCGCCUGGCGCCUCCACUUCCGUCGGCCCCGCAGAGACUGGAAGCGGCGGCGGCGACAACUCAACAAGCGCCGUCUCAAACAAAUCUGCGACGAAAGAUGCACACAACGCCAAGGCGGGGGAAAGUGCAGCGAGCAGUUCCCUCCCGGGAGGAGAGAGUGAGGAUUUCAAAGACCGAGAGAGCCUCAGACUAUGGAAUGUCGACGAGGCAGAGGCUGCAGAAAUCAAGAAUCGCCUGGCUUCGAUGCGAAUCCAUGCUGGAAGCCUCACAGACAAGUUCAUGGAGAAUGUCGCUCGACUCACCGCUCAAAUCGAUAUCCUGCGUUUGGAGGUUAACAAGGCCAAGGGGGAGAUCCAACGUCUCAACGAAUCCUUCGACGACCAAACAGAAGAGACCCUGCGUGUGAUUGACAAUCGCUCGGCCGAAUUCAUCCGCGGCUUGUCACUCGUCGAGGACCAGCUGGACGAACAGCUCCAGCCUCCCAGUGGCGUCGUCUACAGACAUUUACAAGACCUCCGUAAUCGGUUGACUGAGAUUCGCGUCGCGGCCGAGAAAAACUUCCAUACGGAGGCCUCGAGCGUCAUGCAACAAAUCGACACGUGCAGCGCUAAGGUCGACGACCUCACUCGGCUGUACUUUGAGAUGCGCCGGCGUAUGGACGUGGAGGUCAGCGACAUCGACACGCGUUUGAUUUCAGCUCGUCACGAGUUGGAGGAUUUGGUGCAAGAGCGUCUGAAUCAGUUGGGGGCGUCUGAGCAGCGCAUCACUGCGGAGGCGACGAAGCGUCUUCGCGAGUUUCUGCAGAACCUCCACCUGGAAGAGAACAUGUUGCAAGACAUUGUCCAGAAUAUUCAGCGCGAGUUCCUGGAGCCGUCGGCGUUUCCGGGGGCGGGGGCGCACCGCGAGAAGGGCGCGACUUACAUCGACUUGAGCAGCUACUUUUCGAGCAGCAAAAUUGAAAAAGUGUGCAGCGUGAUGAGCCACCUAGUGAAGCAACUGUUGCCGGGGAAGACCGUGAUUCCGAUUUUCAUUCACACCGUCCCGCAGCCGUCGACCUCGAGUCCGCCGACACGGGAGUCGGGAGGGAAGCUGUUUGGUGGGCUCGGCAGUGCACGUGCUCUCUUCGCGUCGCUGAAUCUUGGACCUCCGGGCUGGGCGGGGUCCGAGGACAAGAAGGGGGGGGACGAGAAGCGGCAGUCUGAGGUGCAGAUCGCCGAACUGAUUCUGCCCGACGAACAGGUGAUUGCGACUGUGGCGGCCGAGUGGCUGCGCGAGCGCCAGCGCAGCGGACCCGUUUUCCAGCACUACGCCGUCGUGCGAGUCGACGGCCUUCUCGCGGAGGCCUACACCGUUCCGUACCUCCAGCCGCUGCAUUUUGACUACGCGAAGGAGAGCCGCUUCAGUCUCGCUCGCGUCGACCAGUUCGGCGAGAAGCUGGAGAAGACGAUCCACGAGAAACUCGGGCUCCUGACUGAGGCGCUCGAAAAAAACACGUACUUGCUCGUCGCCUACCUUGGCGAGGCUGCUGGAGACGUGAAACCGCAGCCGUCGUUGGCGCAGACGAAGAGCCGAAUCGCCACGGCGCGGCGACUACUGCAGCACGUCAAGGCGCCGAGUCUGGGAGCUUACUUCCACUUUGAGCAGUUCAAGCAGCAGCUCCGGUUCCUGGAUGAGCUAGCCAAGGUGUUCACCCGCAACCAGAAGAAACAUCUUGCUUCGAAAGUGGUUUUGCCUGGCGACGACAUCGAAAUCAGCGUCGUGGUAGGCGGAAAGGGGGCUCCCGGCGGGAAGCUGAAGAUUGCGAUGCCGCCGUGUCGCCAGGGAGAGCCGUUUUUCCAGCAUGCCUUCACCAUCCUGUCGAUGCAGCUGACUGCACUAACCCCUCAAGUAGUCGUGUUCCCCAACGAUGCGUUGUUGGCGAGGACGCUGUCGACGAUUCUCGAAGAUUUAAGAGGCAACUCAACGCUCGACGAAGAACGUAGAGGCAAGCCGGGGCAACGGGCGCCCACAUGCGGCGCCACGAUAACAUCAAGCGGCGUGGCCAAGCGGUUCUGGCGGCCGGAGGUGCUAAAGGUGUCGAUGUCUUACAUGGAGAAGCACGUCAGUCCACCAAACAGAAAAAACGAAAGGGGUCCCGCCCUGAGAAACGUCCCUGUUGUAAAGGACAGCACACACGAUGUCGUGAAAGCGGAUCUCAAAAACGGGUUCGAUGACCUCGCCAAGUACACCACCACUGCCAUCGCUCGAGUGCUGCGGGACCGCCUAGACGCCAGUCCCAGAGGAUACACUUUGUACGUCGUUGUCAACGUGAAAGAGUGAAAGGGCGCCGGUUUUAGCGUCUGCUUGGUUCACUGGCAAGGCACGAACUCGAGUCACCGCAGCCAAUCCUUCCAGGCUGUUCUCUGAUCGGCGACGGGGUGGAACCCUACUCCAGGAGGCGAGACAAAGUGAGAAGGAAUCUGGCGCUAGACCAGAUUGUGACGGCGAACUGUCUCUGUAGAGACGCGCUUUCCUCUGCUUCCACAAGUUCCUCGGGGCUGGGUUUGCGUCAUUUUUAUUCGCCGCCCUCUGUAUCAUGGGUUCACUGUGUGUAACGAGGUUCGUAUUCAUCGGUCAGUUUUAUCUGCGUGAUGAACAACCUUCCGUCGCACGGUCGCGUGCUGUCUCGCUCGAUUGCACAACGUGAUCUUUCUAGGCAAACUCAGACUCUAGAUUGUCUGUAAUCUUAGAAUUCUUCAUGGCGCGAAUCGGAGUGCACCGACACGCACAGAGGUGAUGUAACGCGCGUACCUUAAUUUGUACGUUGCGUCAGUAGGAGUACUUAUUGCCUUUUUCCGUGCUGCCAGGUGUAACACAGGCUGUGCUCAGUAGACCGGACGUCCGUCACCCUUCCCCCUUUGCCGGGAGAUGCUGUGCCAACACUUGUUCUUUUAACUAACAAUUCCAAGAAGAUCACUAUGGAGUGAGGUGGCUCUCCGCCAUAGCGUCAAGUGGUAUCUGCGUUGCGUGUGGCCUUAAGCACCACCGCCUUCAGAAAAACAAUCUGAAAGGAUACAAUACCGCGGAUAAGAUAACCCUGCUGCCAUGCACACGGCGUACACAUUUUCGAGAGAUGGGUGGUGACGUGUCUCUGUUUAUUCGAUUUGAGUUAUACCAAUGUGAACACAUCAUCGAAUUCCCCCCCGCAGAGCAAGCGGCUCCAUCACGACGCUUGAACCUAUGGGUCUGUUAUCUUUGCUCAGAUAACCUUUUGUGAGAUGGAGUACUGUCUUUGGGCGUAUGCAAAGGGUGAACUCUGCGCGGACCGUGCCUCCGAACUGUCCAUAUAUAGUAGCCCUGACCUGUGAAUCGACUUCGUGCUUCGUCUGUCCUGUCAAUUAUUCACCAGCGUGAAAAUAUGGCACACUAAAACCAGUCACUUCUCUUCUAAGACUGUACUCCUUGUGUUGGUAUAAUCAUGUUCGUUUAC